GCCAGAAUUGAUAGGGAGGAAACCGAGCAAGUGGGCGUAAAGCGGUAAACGACUGAGAACUAGCAAUCCGCCCCCGCCCGCGGUAUGAGAUGGGCUAUAUAUUGAGGUACAGAUCUCCACUCGGUUUGACACCAAAGGCAAAUCCAAUGGCUUCUGCAAAGACUAGAUCCAGCGCCCCUGUUCUACCCCGUGCCCUUCAGCGCUCCCUUUCCCCCACCCGCUAUUCAUUUUCCACCUCUCUCUCCACUAAGCAUUACAUUUCUUCUCCUGUAAUCACUUUCGACUUAGCCAGAUCCGUGUCGCCAAAGAGGAAUCUGCAGGCCCGCUCACCGGUCCGUUCGGUUCCGCCCAAGGCCGGGCAGAGGGCAGCCGUUCCAGCCGGUUCGGCGAGGAAGAUGUGCUUGUGCUCGCCCAGCAAUCAUCCUGGCGCGUUCCGUUGCAAUCUCCAUAGGAAUUGCCCCCCUUCCUCUUCCUGUUCCUCCGCUUCUACCAAUUCUCAGCUGCACAUGCGCAGAUCCGCCAUGAAAAACUCGCUGGUGAGAAUUGGCAGCGUGGAAGGAGGAGAAUGGAUGAAGAAAGCACUCUCUGCGCUCAUCAGGCCCUCCUCUCAUCAAGUACGAAGGAGAACGUCGUUCCAACCACGGCCCAGCAGGCUCCGUCAUAUGACCAUGGCAGAAGAUAUGGCCGUUUCGUGAGGGCCAGGCCGUUGCCCAUUCUACACAACUCGCGUUUUGCUCGGUCGAGGAAAACGCCACAGCAGCGCAUAGCAGCGCAUAGCAGCAAGCAGCAAGCAGCGCGCGGUCUUUUUGAUUUCCUGCUUAGGGUUUGGUCACAUGACUAGAGAUUUCUUAUACAAAUCCUCAUAUCCUAUAAUAUCACAGCCUGCCGAAUUGCAUCGAUAGAUCGAUAUUCAGAAAAGCUAAAACAUUCCGCUGACAGAAAGAAAGAAGUUUAAAUAUCAAUUAAAGUUUGUGAA